AUGUUGACCACCUGCAGUGGCUCCCCGAUCCAUGCCUCCCCCUCCUCCUCCCCCUCCCCCUCCCCCUCCUCCCUCGCCCGCAACGCAGGGAACCCCCACACAGUGACGACACAGUGCACACAGGCGCGCCGUGACCUGCCGGAAGUGCAACACACCCAAGCCGAAAGGAAAGCGAAAAUGGCGGCCACGAACUCGCGCGUGUACUUUGAUGUGCACUUCAUCUCUUUCCACGACGAUAACCUCCCUGGGAGCGCCAUCACGGAUCCAAAGGCCCCCACGUCGUUCGUGCUCACCACGGGCGGCUUCCCGCAGGAGGUAAUCGUGCAGACACGCGCCGCCUCGGCAAAGAUCUCGAAGCUGUCCGUGGCCCUGAACGACGCGAAAGAAAUUCUGGUUGAAAAGUGCUGCGGGGAGACGCCGACGGCGUUCGAAGUCAUGGCAGAGCGCACCCUUGCGCGCGGUUCCGUCGGGGGCAGCAAUAGCAGCCCCAGCGCAGCGGCGGCGGCGGACGGUGGCGUCGGUGGCCCGCAGACCGAGAGAUUCGACUUAGACCCCGAAGGCGCUGGACGUGAUAUCCGCUUCAUCCGACUCACCAUUCUCUCCGGCUACAGCGAGUUUGUCGCGGUCUACAGCAUCGAUGCGUGGGGAGAGGAGUCCCAGCAGCGCGUCGCCAUCCUUCAGACCAAGCCGGAAGUUGUAAUGUAG